CGCCGCCGCCCCCGCCGCCGCCGCCCCCAAAUUGGCAGCAAUUUUCCACUUAACUUGUUGUCAGCGCUGUCGGCUCCUUGGGGGGCCGCCCCCUCGCCGCUGCGGAGCGGGGGAGGGGCGGGGAGGGCCAGACCUGCCUUGGCUCAGGCUAUUUGUGGCAGGCAGCGGAGCUGAUUCAAUUACCCAUUAGGCGGCCUGGCCUUCCUGCCUGCAGCCCGGGACGCCCCCUCCCCCUCCGGGGUCACGUGGCAGCCGAGCGAAGGGGGCGGGGCGGCUCUGGGCCUGAGCUCCGGGGCCAAGGUCCAGUCGCCGGGUGCCCUCGUCCCUGCCAGGCGCCAUGGCGAGCCCCGAGUUCCCCUCUCUGGAGAGGAGCCUGGAGGAGCACCUGCCCCCCGACGAGCUCCGGAACGUCCGCAGGAUCCUGCUGGGGGGAGAGCCCAGGAAGCUGAGCCUGCCGGCGGAGGCCCUGGCAGCCGCCUCGGAGCUGGACUUCGAGCUGGCGGCCUUUGGCUUCGAGGCGGCCGAGGAGCAGCUGCGGCCGGCGCGGCUGGUGCGCGUGGGGCUCGUGCAGAACCGCCUGCCGCUCCCUCCGUGCGCCCCUGUGGCUGAGCAGGUGGGCGCCCUGCACCGGCGCAUCGAGGAGAUGGUGGCGGUGGCCGCCCAGUGCGGGGUCAACGUGGUGUGCUUCCAGGAGGCGUGGACCAUGCCCUUUGCUUUCUGCACGAGGGAGAAGCUGCCCUGGACCGAGUUCGCCGAGUCCGCGGAGGACGGGCCCACCACCAGGCUGUGCCAAAGGCUGGCCAGGGCGCACGGGCUGGUGGUGGUGUCGCCCAUCCUGGAGCGGGACGAGGCCCACGGGGACGUCCUGUGGAACACGGCCGUGGUGGUGUCCAGCUCCGGCGCCGUCCUGGGCAAGAGCCGCAAGAACCACGUGCCCCGCGUGGGGGACUUCAACGAGGCCACCUACUACAUGGAGGGCACCCUGGGCCACCCCGUGUUCCAGACGCCCUUCGGGCGCAUCGCCGUGAACAUCUGCUACGGCCGCCACCACCCCCUCAACUGGCUGCUGUACAGCCUCAACGGGGCCGAGAUCAUCUUCAACCCGUCGGCCACCGUGGGCGCGCUCAGCGAGGCGCUGUGGCCCAUCGAGGCGCGGAACGCCGCCAUCGCCAACCACUGCUUCACCUGCGCCAUCAACCGCGUGGGAGUGGAGCGCUUUCCGCGAGAGUUCACAUCUGGGGACGGAAAGCCAGCCCACCGUGAUUUCGGCUACUUCUACGGCUCGAGCUACGUGAGUGCCCCCGAUGGACGCCGGACGCCGGGCCUGUCUCGCACCCGCGACGGGCUGCUGGUGGCAGAGCUGGACCUGAACCUGUGCAGGCAGACGGGGGACAUCUGGAACUUCAAGAUGACCGGGCGCCUGGGGAUGUAUGCAGAGGAGCUGACCGCAGCGGCCCAGCCAGACUACAGGCCCCACAUCGUCAAGGAGUAGAAGGCCCGGCCGGGCCUCCCCCCUCUCGACCUCCUACUGAGCUCUGAGAGAGCUGGGCUCUUGUAUACAGCCGGUGCUUAAUAAAUGUCUACAGAAGCAGA